AUGACACACCCACGGUGGUCGCGGCAGCUCGCGUUGGAGCACAUUUACUCGCUUCAUGACCAGCGAGUACCCAUAUACACCGAUGGCUCGGUGAUACCAGGCGGGUCGGCAGCAGCCUUCUACGUGCCUCACUCCCACUGCAGCCGUGGGUUCAAACUCCCGUACGAGACUUCAUCCACCGAAACCGAAAUGAUCGCCAUUCAUGAAGCCCUGAAGUUCAUCUCGGCAUCCGUUCCCGCACCAUGGACCAUCUUUACAGGCAGCAUGGCGGCGCUAGAAGUGCUGUCAUCAUUCUCGAUCCCCCUUGUUCAGGACAUUGGCGCGCUCAUCGUUCAGUGCCUCAGCCGUCUCGCCCGCGCGGGCCACAGCGUCUGGCUUCAGUGGGUCCCCGGUCACACAGGCCUCCCCGGCAACACAUCCGCCGACGCCGCUGCGAAGCAGGCCCACACCUCUGCACCAUUGUUAUCGGUCCCGCUAUCACCCUCGUCAUGCCGACUCCACAUACGCCGCAUGUGCGCCCAGCACACUCGCCUCUUCACUGAGAGUGCCGUCCGAGCCCGCACUUUCCUUCAUUCCAUCGAUCCCAAGAUGGAGCUCACCAUCCCACUGAGCCUCUCUCGAAGGGAGAGCUCACUCCUUCACCGCCUACAACUCAAUGUCGCUAAGACCCCAUCGCGCCAGUUCCUCAUGGGCAACAUAGGUUCCCCACUAUGCACGAAAUGUGGUGUGGUGGCGGACACUACCCACCUCCUCCUGCACUGCCGCCUUUACUCCUCAGCCAGAGCCGCACUUGAGCAACAGCUCACACACCUUGGCCUGCACCUCACGCUGCGGACCUUACUCGGCCCCGUGCAGCGCGCCCGACAGUGCGUAGUCACCAGACUGCUCCUCCGCUACCUCGCUGCAACCGACCUACUGGUCGCCCUGUGA